AUGUCAUCUUCAUCAUCAAAGGGGGAAGAUGCAUCAAUAGAGAAUGAAAUAUUAAAGAAAGGGCCAUGGACGGCGCAAGAAGAUGAAAUAUUAGCAGCAUACGUGACACAGCAUGGAGUGGGAAAUUGGAAUGAAGUUCAAAGACGUACGGGACUUGCUCGUUGUGGAAAAAGUUGUCGUCUAAGAUGGUCAAAUCAUUUGAGACCAGAUUUGAGAAAGGGAUCAUUUUCUCCAGAAGAACAACGUAAAAUCGUGGAGCUUCAUGCCACAAUGGGAAACAAAUGGGCUAAAAUGGCACAAGAGUUGCCUGGGCGCACAGACAAUGAGAUAAAGAACUUUUGGAACACAAGAUUAAAGAAGAGGAGAAGAGCUGGGUUACCACUAUACCCUGAUGACAUAAAACCAGCAACGUUGAACACUGCCAACCAAGGAAGUAGACUAAAGGACUCUACACAGCAAAAUAAUGACUCACAAAUAGAUACAUCCAUUAGUGUGCCCGAAUUGAUAUUCGACUCAUACAGUCUCAGUCAAAACCAGCUUCAGAUACCACCAAUUUUUGUAGAACAAGGUUCAUAUAAUCCCAUUAUGCAUCCCCCGGAGCAGCUUCAUCAAGAUUCACAUGAGCUGUACAAUUGUUUGGACAGUACUUGUGUGAUCACUGCUGUUGCACCACCACGACGAUUAAUUGAUAAUCUAAGGACAAGCUACAGAAGUCAGUCCGGGGUUGAUUACACGUCGGAGGGGAAUGCAUGUUUAAGUCCCUCUCUCCCCAUCUUUGAGAUGCCUCCAUUCCCAUCAACGUUGGAUUUUUUGGUGGAAGAGCAUAAUCCACAAUUGGAAUCCAUGUCUUACCCACCAACUAAUUUGGAAGGUAAUUCACAUCACUGUUCCACGGAUCCCAGUGAGGCACAAAAGGAACCAAAUCCAGGCAAUGAAGAUGCUUUACCUCAGAUCAAUUGGUUAGAGGAUUAUCAGAAGAUUGAAGAUACUUUAUUCUCAAUUGUCCAACCCUAUGUCAAUAGGAAUUAA